UGGUCUACACACCACCAUAGUCACUCAAAAACUCGACGAGGGAUUCACUCGACACCGUGUAGACUAGCCGAGGGCCACUUGAUGAGUCCUUCACAAAUACAUAUGUAUAAAUAUGACUAGGUUCCAUUGCGCCGACCGUAUGACCUGCUUGUAUUUGUACUAGACGGGAUCCUUCCACCAAUGUCCGCGAAACUCGUGGCGUUUCGACCUCGGGAAGCCAAACUCUGAUUUCGCGCAGAGUGCGCCGACCAGGAUUGCUCCAAUUCGUCGCCCCGAUUGCUUGCUCGUGCGCAGACAUGACGAAGAAGAAGAAGCAGCCGCCAGCGGAGGAGGGGAGCCAGGUCAAUGGCCAGUCCUCGCCACCCUCGCAGCCGUCAGCGCCGCCAGUCCUACCUUCCCUUCCUUCAAACUCCAAGAAGGCGACGAAGGCCAAACCUCCGCCGUCGCAGCCAUCAUCGCCGGCCCUCAUUAUCUGCCGUAAUAAACACUGGCGAUACAUCUCCUCGUUCCACGGCCCUUGGCUGCAGUUGCCUCCGGAGAUACUCGACACCCUUGCGCACGCGAACUACAACACACCCCGACCGCGCCCCAUCGACCCGGCAGUCUUCUUCGACCUCGUCAAGAUCAGACGGCUGGUCGACGAUGCCACGAAUCUUGCCGUGCGCGCCGCGAGCGGGAUCGCGUCGUCCGCGCUGUCGAGCAUGGGCAAUGCGCCGCACCACAACUCGCCCCUGGGACUGGGGUUUGACCAGGGAGGCGGGAGAGGGCACACGAAGCUGAGUCGGGAACGGAAACACAGGAUGCGCGAACAGGCGACGCAGAAGCUGUCCAAGGCUUACCACCUCGACGAGAUCGCUUCCAGCGUGGCGACGAUGCAGAGCACAUCCACGCUGGAAGACGUGGCGUCGCUGGUACUGCAGAGGAGCAAGGACGACGAGGAUGCGAAAUACGUGCACUUCUUCCACGAGAAGAUACCUAGUCGGCAAUUGGCCGAGAGCACGAGCCUCGGUCCCUUGGACGAGGUCAUAGCUAGCAGGCCCACCGAAGGGGAACCCUUACGGACCAGGGCAACCGUGCGGGUGUUCAAGGAAGACUAUGAGAGGGCUGCAAGGGAUCUCACCGAGGCGUUGAGGGUGCACCGCCUGUACCGGGCGCCCCAUACGGCUCCGAAAUCGCAUACGCAGGAGUUUGCGGGUCACGAGGUCCAACAACCGCGUGGCACUCGGAGGCACGAAGACGUCGUCUUGCGCGAGGAAGAGCAGCCAAGCAGCUUGGAGAUCCAGCUGCUCUUCCAGAGAGCGGGGGUCUACCUCGCAAUCGCUUGUCAGCAUGUUAAAGCAGCAUUAAUAGACCCGCGUCCCCCGAGCAGGCGCCAAACGGCCGGCGCGGAAGCUCAGAACGGGAACGGAGAAGCCGUGGAAACGGGAUCGCUGCCGGAGCUGUCCCCUGCGGAACAGGAGGCUGAGAGAGCGCUCCUCGAGGAGCAGAAAUCGGCCCGGAAGCUAGUCAAGACAAACGCCAAGCGGGCGUUGCGAGACUACAUGGCGUACCUCUCGCACUUUGAAUACUCGCCGGAUCUUCCCAUCGAAACAGUCGAAGACUUUGCCAGGAAGGUCAACCAGACUGCGAACGGAAUCCGCAUCCCCCGUUCCCAACCUCAUAUGGCACGACCCACCGGGCAGGCCGUGAGUGGCCCCAGGGGCACCGACAUGCCGUACCACUUGUACUCCCUGUCGGAACUAUUCGCAGCCAGCCCACCAGCUGGCCUCCCCCCGUAUCCGAGGACCGACAUGGUACCCGCACGCCAACCACCCGCUCAGGAGACCACCGCCGAGACGCUGACCUACCACCCGCUCCUCACCGACGCCCUCCACUCCCUCCUCCUGUGCCACUGCCUGGCCCAGACCUCGGCCAAGGAGCUCCUGCGACACGCGUACAUGGUCGCCCGCCUCGCCCGCCUGGCCGACGGCUACCCCGUCUUCCAGGCCAGCCGCUCCCCCGCGCGCGCCGACUGGAUCGAGGUGCUCCGCCGCGGCGACAACUGGAUCCAGUUGUCGGGGGCGUGGGAAUCCCUCUGUGCGCCCGCCCCGCUGCCCUUCCUCCAAGGCUCAUCAUCCGGAGCCGGGCCCCCGCCAUCAUCAUCAUCAUCGCUGCCGGCCAAGCAGCCCAAGGCGCUGCUAUCCGCAGCAGCAAUAGCAGGCGGCUCCUUGGACGAACAGCAGCAGCAGCACCGCGUCACGGACGACGACCUCACCUUCAGAGCAGCGGUGCGGGCCCGCCAGAUGCGCGCCGAGGAGGACUACCGCCUCAACGAGGCCGUCGCCGCCCUGGACGCCAAGCUCAUGGCCCAGGAGCUGGGCCACGACGCCUCCGCCGGACAGCCCGCUGCUACUACCCACCCGACGACGACGACGGCGGCGGCGGCGGCAGCCACCGCGACGCCUGCGCAGACGCAGCCGCCACCACCACCAGCAGGCCCGCAAGCAAAGGACGUGCAAGCGCCCGCGCCCGCGACCACAACAACAGCAACACCGGUCACGGCCACGGCUCCCGCCCCCGGGCCCCGCCGCUGGGUCGUCGACGACGGCAGGGAGUAUCCGAUCCUGACGGAGCGGGCCGGCGCAGUAGCGCGGUGGGUGCGCGAGGCGCCGCCCAAUGCCGGGUCCGUCGAGGGCGGGGCUGGUCCGGAGCGCAGGAGGCGCAGGAGGGGUGGUGGUGCUGGGCGCGGCGGGGGUCGUGGCGGUGCGGGUAUGAUGGGGAUGGGGACGGUGGCUCAGGGG